AUCAUCUUCUGGGGAAAGUUUGAGAGCAUCAAUGAAGGAACAACCAUCCACUUCUGUUCCAAAGAAGGUAACAUCAAGUAGCCCUGAAAGUUUGAAGACCUCAAGUUCUAGCAUUGAGAGUCCAUCUAAGGAGAAAGCUAGUCAUGUUCACCCAAAGCUUCCGGAUUAUGAAACAUUAACAGCACACUUUCGGUCUCUGCGACAAAAUCGCCAGUAAAUAUACUUUUGUUAUUAUAAAAUAUAGGAAAUUAUGUGUUAAGAUAGAGAUGGAGAACCACAAAAAUCACCCACCAACUCUUUCUAAAGGAUUACUUCAAACUGAAGACUUGUACAGAUAUAUUUUGGAAACCAGUGUGUACCCCCGAGAAGCAGAGCCCCUCAAGGAGAUAAGAGAUGUUACUUUUGGCCAUCCAAUGGCUAUAAUGAGUACUGCACCGGAUGCAGGUCAGCUCAUAGCCAUCCUCUUGAAGCUACUUAAACCCAAGAAAAUAAUCGAAAUUGGGGUUUAUACUGGAUAUUCUCUUCUUCUCACUGCUGUCAACAUUCCUAGUGAUGCCCAGAUUAUCGCCAUUGAUCCAGAUCGUGAAGCAUAUGAGAUAGGUUUACCGGUGAUUCAAAAAGCCAGAGUUGAUCACAAGAUAAAGUUCAUAGAAUCUGAGGCUCUGGCAGUUCUUGAUACAAUACUAGAAAAUGGUGAAAAUGAAGGGCAAUUUGAUUAUGCAUACGUGGAUGCAGACAAAGGAAAUUACCGGAAUUACCAUGAGAGGCUGAUGAAGCUGUUGAAAGUAGGUGGAGUCUGUGUUUACGACAACACGCUGUGGGGCGGAACGGUAGCCAUGGCUGAAGAGCAGACUCCAGAGCUCAUGAAAGCUGAAAGAAAAACAAUUCUGGAAUUCAACAAAGCACUUGCUGCUGACCCUCGAGUUCAACUUUCUCAUGUUCCAUUGGGUGAUGGCAUCUCAAUCUGCAGGCGUAUUUAUUGAAAUUUCCCAGAAUCUUAAGAACUGAGAUCAGAAAUUAGAAACAAAAUAUAUAAAUAAUACUAGUGAUAAUAAGGUUGACAGGUCUGUUGAAAGCUUUGUUUUGUUAAAACAACCCAUAUCCUAAUACAUUGGAGGAGACCUUAUUUGGAAGCUAUAAA